GCCAAUAUCAAAAAACUGCUUACGACAGAAAAUAUAGAAUAAAUAUUUAAUUCAAUUUUCAACUCCAAUAAAUAACAAAAACAAUGAAAUUUAUACCACUUCAUACCACAAAUACCGCAAUUAUUUAUAAAAACUCAAUAUGUUCGGCAGCAACAAUGUUGGUGUUGACAUUUUUCGCCCUAUCUGUGCUGGUGCCUUUACUUAUGGUCUCUUUAUUGAGUCCAUAUUCAGGAAUAGCAGAAUCUCGCAUUUUAUAUGAACAACCAAAAGUUCAAUUUCAAUAUAAAUCGAUAUUUUAUGGUGAAACAAAAAAGGAGGGAAGUUUAAUUACAUGCAGCACCUUUCCUCUGUUAAAUGAUGCCGUUGACUCGAACGAUGACCCAGAUAAAUGUGAUGGCAUUAAGUAUUGGACCGAAGAUUUGGAUUAUGAUGGAACCAUUGAUCGUGUACAUUUUGUGCAACAAUUGGAGAGUUUAGAUGAAAAGCUUUUGGCUUUCGAUGUAGUACUUUUCUUUGAUGCCCAUCUAGAGCAUAAAUGUCAUUUAUCUCCACCAGCUGUCUUGAUAGAACACAUAGACAUACCAUACUCUUCACAGUUGACCAGCGGUGUCAUAACCAUACGUGCUGACCUUGCUUUAAAACAAUAUGUCGAAUUCACCUGUCCCUUUCCAGGACGUUAUGUUAAGACCAAAUUUCGCCAUUUAACUAUUCCAUCCAAUUCAUCAAACAUUGGAAAAUUUAAUAUAGAAUCUCUACUGGAUCGUCUAAAAUCUAAUCCUGCUUAUUACCAACUUGAAAUACAAGAGCACUAUUUUCGCAAAGCUUCACCGGAGCAAGGUUUAAUCAUACAAUUCCACAUUGACAUUUUACAAUUGGGAGCUCGUUAUCAUCUGAGCAUUUGGGAGCGUCUGGGUCAAUUCUGGUUGUAUUUUGCCUCAUUCUUUGGCAUAUCAUUUUACAUUAUGAAUAAGCUAAAGGACUUUUUGUUUGGCAAUCACAUUGUACGCUCAUGGGAGAUAAUUCCAUGGAAAAAGUUAUACUGACAAAGAAAUGGAGAGCGUAUUUAUUUGGAUGACUAUUCAGAGACGAGUGUAUAUUAAAGGGUUCAUUUUGGAGACCUUGAAAGAUGCUUAUGUAUUUGAAAAACAGUUCAAAAAGCUGAGUUAUAGCUUAUAUAAAAAUCUAAUCCAAAUAAAAUACGUUCAAAAGUCAAGUGUUAAUUUUCAAAGAAGAAAAACUUCAUCUUAGCUUUAGACCAUAUGGCAUAGUUGAAGACAUAAAAUCAUAAUUUUGAAUGAAAAAUUAAUAAAGGUUUUAAUGCAA